UGUUUUCAUUGGCUUCUUCAGCUCGUACCCAGAGCCUGUAGGUUCCAAAGAUGAACCCCACAGAUGUGGCAGACACCACGCAGGACGAAAGCGCGUACAAUAGUUACUACCUCUACGACAGCAUGCCCAAGCCUUGCACCAAGGAAGGCAUCAGGGCCUUCGGGGAGCUCUUCCUGCCUCCUCUCUACUCCUUGGUCUUUUUGCUGGGUCUGUUUGGAAAUUCCGUUGUGGUUCUGGUGCUGUUCAAAUACAAGAGGCUCAAGUCCAUGACCGACGUGUACCUGCUGAACCUGGCCAUCUCGGAUCUGCUGUUCGUGCUCUCGCUCCCGUUCUGGGGCUACUAUGCGGCCGACCAGUGGGUGUUUGGGCUGGGCCUGUGCAAGGUCGUCUCGUGGAUGUACCUGGUGGGCUUUUACAGCGGCAUCUUCUUCAUCAUGCUCAUGAGCAUAGACAGGUACCUGGCCAUCGUGCACGCAGUGUUCUCCCUGAAAGCCAGGACUCUGACCUACGGGGUUGUCACUAGCCUCGUCACGUGGUUGGUGGCCGUGUUCGCCUCCCUCCCGGGCCUCUUGUUCAGCACCUGCUACACGGAGCGCAACCACACGUACUGCAAAACCAAGUACUCGGUCAACUCGACAACAUGGAAGGUCCUCAGCUCCCUGGAGAUCAACGUCUUGGGGCUGGUCAUCCCCCUGGGGAUCAUGCUCUUCUGUUACUCCAUGAUCGUCAGGACCCUGCAGCACUGUAAGAACGAGAAGAAGAGCAGGGCGGUCAAGAUGAUCUUCGCCGUGGUGGUCCUCUUUCUUGGCUUCUGGACGCCCUACAACGUGGUGCUUUUCCUGGACACCCUGGUGGAGCUGGAAGUCCUUCAGGACUGUACCUUGGAGAGGUACCUCGACUACGCCAUCCAGGCCACAGAAACCCUGGCCUUCGUUCAUUGCUGCCUCAACCCCGUCAUUUACUUCUUCCUCGGGGAGAAAUUCCGCAAGUACAUCGCCCAACUCUUCCGAACGUGCCGGGGGCCUCUUGCGCUCUGCCAAUACUGUGAUUUCCUUCAGAUCUCCUCGGCCGACACCUCCAGCUCCUCCUACACGCAGUCCACUGUGGAUCAUGACCUCCGAGAUGCUUUGUAACGCGCGGACACGGGACAACCUGCCACUGGCAGGCUCCGCACACCCAGCGCUUGCUCGCCUUGUUUUCAGUAAGGUCACCCCAGCAGGUGUCUGAGGAAAGCCAGCAAGCAAAAUCAGGGAAGACGGCUUCUCCCUGGCAGGUGUCUCUCUUUCGGGGGAGAAAGGUGUGUCUACAGGGAGAGGGGAACCUGGGGAGACUAGAUUGUACUGAAGAGAAAGAGCCCCCCACUCCCUGCCUCCCCAGGACCCUCCACAGUCAGAGCCCCAACAGGUGGAGGAGUUCACUCCUUCACCAUGACCAGGAGCCCUUGGAUGAAUCUCGAGUCUUUGUGGAACUACCUAGAAGACUUUGGCAUGCCAUAAUGCUCUUGUCCAGUGGUAUUCCAUGAGGCCAGAUAUUUAGAGAAAUGAUUAUCUUAGAUCUUGAUCCUUUCAUUAUGGAGGAUUCUUCACUGAACUCUGGUAAUCGGUGUAGGGAUGAAGGUGUUAGGGUGAUUCCCUUCUCCAUGUGAAAUAAAACAUUUAGCGCAUACCUGUUGCAAGCCACAUGCAGUCUGGCUUCUAGUAUAUGUUGCAGUUAUAACAAGUGGCUAUUCAAAUUGUGGAAGGACCGCAUCAGGCAGAGAAGGGCAAAAUGCCCUUGUGAGCCUAGCUGCUCUGGGAAUGAGGUCAAGAGAUCUCAGAGUCAAGGACUGCCUGGACAGUCUGACAAAUCUGUGAGUUUGAAGCCAGCUUGGUCUACGGAGUGUGCUCCAGGACAAAGUCAGAACAGUUGUUCUUAUGCUAUUUUAAUUAUUUACCAUGUUACAUCAUUAAGAUGAUUUGCCAUUUGAUUGUAUUCAAGCCAUUUAAAAAUUUUAAUGUUUUAUAUGUAUGGGUGUUUUGUUUGCAUGUAUAUCUGUGCCCCAUAGUGUGCCUGGUGCCUGCAGAGGCCAGAAGAGGAUGUUGACUCCCCUGGAACUGGAGUUACAGAUGGUUGUGGGUGUUGGGAAUUGAACUUGGGUCCUCUGGAAGAGCAGCCAGUGCUCUGAACCGUUGGGCCAUCUCUCUAGACCCUUGCUUUGUUAACGCUGACUCAUUCUACAGUACAGAUUGUCCUGGGGCUCAGUGUGUAGCCAAGCUGGCCUUGACCUUUUCCCAAUCUCUUUGCAUCAGCCUCUCACGUGCUGGGAUUGUAGGUGUGAGGCCCACAUCCAGCUCCAUAGCCUUAACUGCUCGGAAUCAAGCAAAAACUCCAACAAAGUUUGUGAGCCCUGAUCCCUCCUCAAAUAAGAGCCAAUCUGGAGAGACACUGAGUUAGGACGCUUCCGUUGUAGCACUGCUGCCUUAUAAAGAAUGCAUUUCUAGAAGUGUACUUUCUGAAGAUCGGCUUUAAGAGGGAAAACUGCCACUGCCUUCACAGAAGACAAAUAAAGUCGCGCAUAGCUGCACUAA